AUGGCGGAUAGACUGGAACGAAUCCAAAUUGCUGACGAGCUUCAUUUCAAAGAGGUGGUUAAGUCCCCCAAUGAUCCCAGAUUGUUUAUCGUCGACGUCUACUCCGCAUGGUGCGGGCCCUGCAACGCGGUGAUACCCACCGUCAAAGCUCUUGCAGACUCAAUGGACAACUUCUCGGACAGGUGUUGCUAUUUGACAGCUGAUGCAGCUCUUGUGCCUGAACUCGCCACACCUGGUGCCACCUCAAUUCCAAAAUUUCUUCUCUAUAAAAAUGGGGCUGUUCUCGAAAGCAUUACUGGGGCUAAUGCGCCUCUGCUGAAGCAGAAAAUAGAAGAACUGGCUCCGACUAGCGAAACAAGCGACCUCCCUGAUAUCUCGUGA